AUGGAGUUGUGUGGUACAGCAGUUCUGCAGCUGGGUGCUGUCUUCAUGGUUCUGCAGCUGGGUCUGACCCACAUUAUGGCUCAUCAACAACAGAUUGGGGUUGAGGGAAAGGAUGUGAUCCUGAACUGUAAAAGGCAUGACAAAGAUGUGACCUGGAAGUACAAGAAUGAUGCAGUAUCUCCUACUACUAUUAUACAGCUCUCAACUAGGAAGAUAUUUAAAGGCAGAGCUCCAAUGUCAGAUCGGUCUGAAAUAAACCAGAACAGUAAACAUCUGAAGGUGUCAAACUUGAGGAUCUCUGAUGCUGGCACCUACAUCUGUGAAUGUGGCUCUGACAGUAACAGCAUCUCACUACAUGUCGUUAAAUUGACAAUCUCUUCAAAUGGGCACUUCCUGCCAGAUGAUGACCUCGAGCUGACUUUCAUGCACAACUCACACAAUUCUCAACCCCGUUUUAGCAUCACAUUGUUUAACAGUCACAACAGCAUAGUGACACCAGACAUCUUGCAAAAUGAGGCCCCUCGAAAAUAUGUACUGAAGCUAAAGCAACUGAAGACUACGGACAGCGGGACCUGGAUGUGUAACAUGCAUUCAGACUCUCCAUCGAUUAGUCAGAACAUCUCCUUUAAUGUGAAGGUAUUAGGAUUUGAGAAUACACACUUGGAAAGAAUGUAUGCAGCUGCUGACAGCACCGUGACCUUGUCGUGGCAUCUGAACUUCCAGAAGAUAGGGUGGAAAAAAUUUUUCACAGGACAAGUGGUUUGGACACAGAGUAAAGCAAUCACUCUACUUGAUUUCAACGCCACAGCAGAUGGACAGCUGCAUGAAACUAAACAAAGUAACCAGGCUUUGUUUGAAAUACCUGAAAUGCAACGUGACAGUACCGUAAAAGUGAAACUCCCCAAAAUCCAGUUGAGGCACUCUGGAGAGUACAUGUGCCAGCUGCUGUACAACAGAAGAUACAUACAAAGCAAGACAGAGCUGGUGGUGAUGCAAGUGUCUGCCAACCCUCCUGGGCCACUCCCUAAAGGGGCUGAGAUGACACUGCUCUGCCAGGUGUCCGGCCCCAUCCCAUCUAAUGUCCACUUGCUCUGGGAACGUGUUAAUGGGACUCAGAUGGACAUCAAGAAGUCAAAACAGAGUGAAACACAGGUGGAGGUGAAGGUCACUGCUGCAGGGUGUGGAACUGUCACCUUGACGGAAGACAAUAACAUGAAACUCAGCCUUAAUUACACCGUGGCUCCUGUUUGGAUUAGCUAUACAGUAAUUGGAGUGACUAUUGGAGCUGGUGUGUUGAUGUAUGUCCUUGUAUGCCUGGGCAUAAUGGUUGGUAUGAGCUGGCAGCGGAGAAGGCAACGAGCAAAAAGGAUGGCACGAGCAAGACAGCACUUGCUGGAAAAGAAGACAUGUCAAUGUCAACAGUAA